AUGCGCACACCAGGCAGCUUUAACCCGGAAGUUCUUCCUGUAGCGCCGGAGUAACAUGGCGCCCGGCGGCAUGUGAGAAGGACAGUGUCAGAGCCGGCUUUACCGCCUCGAGAGCAUGUAUACAGCGCCAUGUAGCAGGCUUGCAGGCCGGGUGGGGGCUGUCCUUAUCCUGAAGCUUCCGGAAAGCGUGGCCGUGGUGCAGCGGCGGGGUCCCGACCUCUCCCUGCUGGCUCACAGCUGCCCUGCCGCAUGCGUUACCUUCCAGCACCUGAACUUCCUAAAGCGACAGUAUGUGACGAAGGGCGGCGGUGAAUUUCGGCAGCAGGCACAGCCCAAGCGGGAGCGCAUGGCUGCCCUGCCGGAGGAGCGGGACGAUGCGGUUAUCAGGGACGUUCAGGAGCUGCCGGCCCUCAGGCUGCCGCCGCCAUCGCAGACUCCCCCACAGGAGGGUGUGGCUCCGGCCAGGGAGAUGCAAGCGGGGGUCCCUCAAGAGGCUCGUUCGGAGAGGCAGUGGCGGGAGCUGAAGGUGGAGAAAGGGGAGCUUCUUGGUGUCUAUGCGCGUCUCUCCAAGAUCAAGCUCACGGCCCUGGUCGCCACGACUGCCGCAGCAGGCUUUGCAAUGGCCCCGGUGCCCUUUGACCCCAGUGUCUUUCUUCUGGCGUCGCUCGGCACGGGACUGGCAUCCUGUGCGGCCAAUUCCAUCAACCAGUACUUCGAGGUGCCAUUUGACUCCAAUAUGAACCGAACAAAGAACCGACCGCUGGUCAGGGGCCAGAUCAGCCCCCUCCACGCCGUGGCUUUCGCCGCCUCCUGUGCCGUGCCGGGCGUGGGCCUCCUCGCAUUGGCUGUAAACCCCCUGACCGGCUUCCUGGGGGCCCUUAACAUCGUGCUGUACACCUGCUGCUACACACCACUCAAGAGGCUGAGCAUCGCCAACACCUGGGUGGGGGCUCUGGUGGGUGCCAUUCCCCCCAUCAUGGGCUGGACCGCCGCCACCGGCUCGCUGGAUGCAGGUGCCCUCCUCCUGGGGGCGUUCCUGUACUCAUGGCAAUUCCCCCACUUCAACUCGCUGAGCUGGAACCUGCGUGAGGAUUAUUCCCGGGGCGGAUACCGCAUGAUGUCGGUGACACACCCGGCGCUGUGUCGGCGCGUGGCCCUGCGACACAGCCUGGCCCUGAUGGGCCUCAGCGCUCUGGCGCCCCCUCUGGGCCUCUCUACCUGGACCUUUCCGCUCAUCUCGCUGCCCAUCAACCUGUACAUCGGCUACCUGGCGCUACGUUUCCAGCGGGACGGAGAACGCGCCAGCGCACGGCGCCUCUUCUUCUGCAGCCUCUGGCACCUGCCCAUGCUCCUCCUCCUCCUCAUCACCUGCAAGAAGCCACGUGGCGAGCAUGGGGGGGCCCAGACCACGGUGGGGGGCCAGGUCCAGGACAGUUAACCCUUGGCCCUGCCUGUCACUCCCCCAUCCCCCCCCCCCCUCGCACAUCUGGAUUGGAGGAUAGUGACAAUUGGGAACCGCUUUAACAAGAGUAACUCAAAAUGUUAUGAUUUCAGGGAUCUUGUAAUCAAUCAUUUCUAUGUGCGUGUGUGUGUUUGUGUGUGCACUCGAGCGUGCGUGUGUGUGUUUAUGCGUGUGUAUGCACACGGCCACCCGCGCAUUAAUUUAUUCACACACUAGUGAUGCAUACAGCCGGCUGGCUGCUUGAUGUUUAUUUACAGAGCUAAACGAAUGUGUGCCGAUCUCUGUCUCAGUCCUGGCCGGCUUGUAAACUCCUCAGUUCUCUAGGAAAGCCUAGUUUCUAGUGCUGUGCUGUGAUGUGAUGCGACAUCACCGCUGCUGUUACGCGAUUCUGCGCUCUGACAUACUGUAUGUGGAUGGCAGCCCUGUACCACACCAAUAAAGAACCAGCGCUGGUCUCCCUCGC